AUGCGGUCGGGGCUUCAGAAACCCGGUGCAAUCCCGUUCUUCGCGCUCAUCCUCUUCUCGAUACUCAGCCUGGUGCCGUCUCUAGCUAAAGAGUGGGGUUUCUAUAAUCUGCAGAUCGGAUAUCGAGGCUAUACCCGCAAUGAGGAUUGGCAUCUCCCCCGAGUAAAAGAUGGCGCGAUCGACGUCCGACCGAGGGCACGCUCGACCGGGGCUCAGUGCAAGCCGUGGCUCGUCGGGGGCUCCUAUCAAUCCUGUCCCGAUCGCAGAGGACGUCCGCGACGCGGUGCGUUGGAUGCACCACCUCUCAGCGCAUUCGAGGCGGCCGCUGUCUUCGACAAUGAUCCGAUGACACAAACGGUUACCCGGGCAUCGAGUCUCACGAGAGGCGUACACGCUUUCAAAGCCUUCUUCAUCAAACAAUUGGACGACUACCAGAUCUUGCAACCAUUCUCACCUGGGAGCGCGCCGUCCGUGCCGACUGCCACUUCCCGUCCCGUUCCACCUCCAGUUAAUUCGUCCGUCGCGCCAGUCCUCUUCAUCAGCGAGGAGCCUCAACACUUGUCUCGUAUCACCAAUCAGACAACAUCAGCCACGAAGCACAUUCUGGAAGGCUCUCGGAUACGAUUUCUCUUGGGUGGCCACUACGCAUGGCAGCAGGUCUGCCGUGUGGCUACAGGUUUUCUCACAAGCUUCCCUUCGACGUUAGGCACUGCGCCUCUUUCCUCCGAUUCCUCUGAGAUAGGAUUUCCGCUGCAAUCGCCUGGCCAGGAGCCAUCGCAGAAGACAGUCCCGCAACCUCUUCCUGUGGAUGCACUUUCUGCGCCAACAGAACCGAUCACCCAAGCUGCGCCGGCUGCGGUAUGUGGACGAUGCCGUGAGGCAGGCCUGUUGGAGGAGUGCUCCUACCGACCGGAGGACAUGCCUCCUCCGCACAGCUCAUCUCGGUCUCUACUUCCGCAGCAACUGAGGCGGCAGAGGUCACUGCCCACGCCGUCACUACCAACACCGUUGGUGGUCAUCCGGUCCGCUGCACCGCCCAGCUCUACGUGGAAUGGGAGGGAGUCGUCGCCGAGGCGCACGCUGCAGAAUUCACGAGAAGCCGGGGCCGGGCUGCGGUAUACCCUCGAUCUCUUUUCGCAUCGGCGAACGCAGUCUGGAUCUGCUGUGUAUCCUGCUCGAGGUAAUCUGUCGCAAGCGCCCGGGCAGAUUGAUUUCGACGAGGGUUCUGUUGCUGAGUCCGAGGACAAGGGCGAUGCGAUUGAGGUUUCGUCGAGUCCAUCGGAUGGGACGUUCCAUACUGCUACGCUAUCACCGGUGCCUGAUCUUGUUCCGGCUGAGAGUCGCGGUGCGCAGGGAUCGCAUUUUGCGAGGAUACAGCAGGCCCAGGAGAGACGGACGGGGAGUGUCAAGCGGGAAGAGCCGAUCGAGGAUCGUCUGCCGAGAUUACGACACUCGUAUCUUGCUGCAGGGACGUUUGUCUCUGCUGUGGACGAGGUGGACGAGGAAAUGCUAGAUUCUCCCGUUGAUUUGUCCAAGGAAGAUGCAGAUCGACUGGUGACCGUCUACUUGAAUCUGGAUUAUGUGUCGCUGCCGAUCUUGGAUCUAUUGGAUUUUCGCGCAGCGUACGAAGCAGCUAGCGUUUCUGGGGACUCUACCACGCCGAGCGCAUUUCAUGCCAUUCUGAACACCAUCUUUGCGCUUGCCUGUCUCAGUAUAGGCGACAUGGGUGACGAAAAGGCGAGAUACUUCUUCAAAGAGGGCCAGAGGCUGGCCAAGCUGUUCGAUCAAUACAAGUCUAUUGAUCUUAUUCGAUUAUACCUCCUACAGAUUCAAUAUCUCAACGCCAUAGGUGAUCUACAUACGGCUUGGGCUUUGAUCGGAUCUACGAUACGCCUCGCACAGUCACUGCGUCUACCUUUCAACGCAAAGCAGCACGAGAACAGCAGAAAAGGCCGAGAGACCUGCCGGAGGCUUUGGCAUGGCGGGAUGAUAAUGGAAAGGAUUCUUGCGCUGCGGCUCGGCAUCGUGCCCCAAACACCCGAUCCGCUGCGGGUUCCUCUGCCCACGCACUUGGACACAGACUACGUCGAUGUAAUUUCGAGCGCACAGUCGAGCGUGCAAGGUGAGCGUGCAUCCAUAAUCGAGUUCUUCACCGCCUGCGCAAGGCUGUACAGGCUUGUCGAGGACGUCAUGGCAUGGGAGGAGGAAGCAAGGGUUCGGCCUCACGGCUGUGCCAUGAAGAAAUUACUGUCACUGGAUUUCACGCGGUUCUUGAAAGCGGAUGGCCUCUUGCAUGAUUGGAAUCUGUCACUGCCAUCGUCUCUCCAGAGCAGUGGCUUGCAUGGCACAGACGAACACCCAAUCGUCGUCCGACAGCGGAAUAUUCUUCGAGCUCGAUCCUUGUAUCUUCGGCUCCGGCUAAACCGGCCACUGGUUACUCUGGGAUUAGCGCUGUCCAGCAGGUGCAAGUGUAAGUCGGAUGGGCGGCCUCACAUUGUCGAAAGAAGGCCCUCCCCUGACUCCCCUAUCGCGCUGAGCCUGGUCCAUGGGGCUUCCAUCAAGUGCGUCCGAGCCGCGCUUGAAUUGAUAGAGCUCAUUCGCGUGCAUGAGGCUGGCUUGCUUCGACUUGAUACACCAUGUGACGCAAGUCACUGUCUCAUCCCACCCUACUGGGAAUGUGUGGACUAUCUUUACGUCUGCGGUACAGUCUUUCUUGCUAGCUUCAACCAUCAAUGUCCUUUCUUCGGAGAUAUGACCGACGAGGAAGACGAACAAUGUAGAGUCCUCUGGCCCUGCAUCAUAGGCCUUCUCGAUCGCUACCAGGGGUAUCGUCGACGCGGCCAGACGAGCAAUGUAGCCCAGGCGUGCGGUCGUACUCUGAGCGAGCUUUUCAAGGCUGUCGAAGGCAGUUGGGAGGUCGAUACGGCGGUAUUGGGACAAGACGCGCGAGCGAGGUUCUCUCAGCGGAUCGAUAUGGAGUCACCGAUCCGGCACAGACGAAUAUCAGGCGCGAGCCAGACGGAUCCCUUGGGGAAUGUCCCUGAGUUCCCGGUGUGGAUGGAUAGUUUACCAGUUGACCUGGUGGAAUGA